UAUUAAUUAUGUAUAAUAAUAUUGGUCUAAUGACUCCUAGAGGAAGUGGUACCUCUGGGUAUGUAUAAAAAAAUCUAGCUCAUAUUAAACCUACAAGAAAACAAGAUGAAUUUCUUAAGGAAAUUAAAGCUAUGAAAGUUAAAUAUAUUAUUCAAUAAAAUUUAGGAAAAUGUUAUAUAAGCAAGAAGAAAGGCAAAUCCAGAAAUUGUCUUACAUGAAAUGAAAAGAGAUAUUGAACUUAAAAAAAUAACUUUAUAAGAAGAAUUAGAAGCAAGAGGAAUUGCAGAAGAUGAAAUUAUAUAAAGAGUUUAAAGAUUAGAAGACAAAUUAAAAGAUAUGCUAAAUAAAGGAGAAUAUUAAUUAGAGUAAUAAUUUAUACUAAAUUAUUAGUCAUGUUGCAGAUACUCAUAUUAAAACACAGAAAAAGGAAGAAUAAGAGAAAAAAAUUGGAGAAGCAUUUGGAAUAGAUAAUUAAUAAUUUAAACCAGGUACAGCAUUUGAUUUCGAUGCUGAAGAGAAAACAAGACUAGAAAAAAAAGUUGAAAGGGAAAUGAGAAAAGCAGAACGUUUAAUUAAAUUAAAGGAGUAAAAGAAAGAAGAAAAAAAGAGAUUAAAAGAACUUGCAAUAUAGUAAUAAUCAAUAAAAGCAGCCUAAGAAGGAGAUGUCAAAAAAGAAGCAAGUCGUAGCAGAAGCAGAAGAAAAGAAAAAAAAUCAAAGAAGCAUAAGAAAUGAAUAUGAUGAUUCAAUUUAUUAACUUAAUCAUUUAAACAAACAAAG